AUGUGCGAGUCUCGAAAGACACCAGAUUACCCGAAAAGGAUACGCGGGGGGAGGGGAGAGAGGGCUGGGGAUGCCUUCACUUCCAGGGAAUUUCGGGCUCACCCGCUAACGCCUCUGGAGCCUAAACGCUCCCUCAGCCGCGAGGAGGAGGAGGAGGAGCCUCACCUGCGCCGGGCAGCGCCGGCCCGCCCCUCUCCUCCUCCCGGCCAGGUGCGAGGUGGAGCAGGAAGCAGCGGCGGUGCUGAGAGGAGCCCGCGCCCGCGCCCUCCUCGGCGCUGGGCCCAUGCGGCGAGAUGGCGGCAGGCCGGGCGCUGCUGGUCGCCGCUGCGCUUCUCUCAGCUUCGGCGCAGCUCCUCUGGCGGGAAGGGCACCGUGUCUGGUCUGAUAAUGGUUGAGGUUGACCUGUUAGCCCAGAGAGCCCGGCUGGACCUGACGGUGGCCUGUUACGAUAUAUUUUACCUCUCCUUAGCUUCUUUUACCAUCUCUCUUCGUACUGUGGACAACAUCACAGUUAUGAUUAAACUGAGACCUGGUGUUUCAUGGGGCUGUCAGAUUCGUGUAAAAUCUUUACCCAGAUUUGACCUCAAGAUAAAGCCUGGCGAGAGUGUAACUUUUAGCUUCACUUGUAAAACUCCAGAGGAAUACUUCAUCAUGGAAAUUCAGAAAAAUAUUGACUGUGUAUCAGGUCCAUGUCCCUUUGGAGACGUCCACCUUUACCCACCAGGACUACCUCAUCUUAACAGGACUUUCAUUUGGGAUGUGAAAGCCAGUACAAAGGCUGGACUUGAACUGAAAUUUGCUACUCCAUGGUUAAGACAGAUUGAACCGGGAGGCACAUGUCCAGAUUUUAUUAGUUACAAUAUCAACAGCUGUAUUGAUACAGCCACAGUCAAGAUUGGCACCUUCUGCAGAGGUGGCUCGGUGUCUCGAGUCAAACUGCAAGGAGGAGUAAUCAUGGCUUUGCAUCUCCCGUGGAACUCAUCUCUCACCACCUCGGGCUUUAACAUAGCAAAUAGGUCUUCCAUAAAAAGGUUAUGCAUUAUUGAAUCUACUUUGAAGGAGGAGUCUUCAGUCACUCUCAUGUCCCCCAACUAUCCACAGGGCUUUCCAGAGGAUGAACUCAUGACAUGGCAAUUUAUUGUUCCGUCCAACAUGAGAGCAAGUGUUUUUUUCCACAACUACAGUCUGUCCAACUGUGAAAGGAAAGAGGAGAGGGUGGAGUACUACAUACCUGGCUCAAUUAGUAACCCAGAGGUGUUUAAGUUGAGCGACAGACAACCUGCCAAUAUUGCUGGCAGUUUCAACCUGUCCCUGCAGGGCUGCGAUCAGGAUGCUCAGAACCCUGGCGUCCUCCGUUUGCUUUUCCAAGUCAUCGUUCAGCACCCUCAGAUUGAUGAGAAUGUCACCUAUUUGGUUGAUCUUAGCAGAGACUGGAAUAUGACUGUAACGAUACAUUCUGAAGGGUGGCCCAGCUGGAGCCCGUUCAUGUCUGAACCAUUAUGCUUGAUCUGUAAGGAUCCUCGCACCUGUGAUCAUGCUUUGACUUUAGUGUCUGGUGCCAUCUACAAGAUUUCCUUUCUGUGCAAAGACUUGGCCCGUCUGAGGAUCACAGCUGAAAAAAAAAUAAGCUGUAUUGAUUUUUGGCGAUGUCAAAGGAAGAUCUAUGCCCUUUCAGUACCCAAGGCUAUUACCCAGUUGCCAAUUCGACUGCAUAAGUUUAUUUGGAAGCUCUUGGCUCCUGAAAUGAUCAACGUAGAAAUUAUGUCUCCAACCUUGAAACUUCAGCAACAUGUUCAAGAGCAGAGGUGCAACACAAGCUACAGUUACAGCAUUGUUAGUGCCACCCCAGAGAGGGAUUUAAAUGUUGGUGUAUUCUGUCCUGGUGGAUCUAUUGAAAAGAUUCAGAUGAGGAACAAUGUUACUAUAUCCUUAAAAACAUUUGGUAAAGGAUUCUUCAAUGAGUCUAAUCAUCAGGAUCUGAAAAUGUCUUUUGUGCAACAUAUUAAAGAUGAGUGUACGUUCACUGUGAGUCCAGACCCAAAAGCUAAACUUUACUUACAGACUCCCAACUGGCCUUACGGUCUACCUCCUUAUGUCUCUAUAUCAUGGUACAUCACUGUGCCUAGUAAGCAAGUUGCUCGCCUGGGAUUCACAAAGGACCGCAUGGGCGUUGCUUGUGAGACAGGACGUGCUUAUGUCAACAUACAGGAACAGAAACUCGGGGCAGAAGAAACUGUGCGCCGGGAGGAUGAGCUUCUGCCUGCGCCCCUAGAUAUGUACCACAGCUUCUGGGUAAACAUCUCUAACUGUAAACCUGUGGAUAAGACACAUUUGACUUUACUGUUCUGGGUGACUUUUGCUGAAAAAAAGAUAGAUCUAGCGGUGAUAAUUGCCGUGGUGUCUGGGGCUGGACUUCUUGUGGCUAUUGGACUCACCGUGUGCUGUGUUAGGAAGAAGAAGAAGAAAAGCCAGAAUCCUAUGGUUGGAGUAUACAAUGCUAAUGUGAAUACCCAGAUGCCUGGAAAACAAGGCCUAUUUAAAAAAGGGAGGAAAAACAAUGAGUCUCACGUCUACGCAGUGAUUGAUGAUGCUAUGGUCUAUGGACACUUGCUAAAGGAAUCUAAUGGCUCAGUCACUCCAGAAGUUGAUGUGUACCGGCCUUUCGAUGGCCCUGUUGGUAGCCUGCCACCUUCUCCACCUCCCUUGUCUUUCAGAAAAGACAUUAAACUCUCCCCUAGCACAGAGGAACCUCCACCUCUGACAGAAACAGACCAUGAUGCUUAUACAUUUGCUCAUCAAAAAUCCGGGGAAUCAAAGAACAGUGGCGAUGCAAAUGAAAAGAAUAAUGGAGACAUGGGCACAUCCUUCCUGGAAAAUAAGGAACAGGAUGGUUUACAGGAGUAAUUUUAUACUGAGUUUUCUGUGGAAUACAGGUGACUUGUAUGGACAGCAGUCUAGGGGGAAAAAAGAUAGAAGAGGAGUAUUAUUUUUUAUGUGUGUUUUUGAUAUUGUUUUUGUUGUUUUAACUUCAGCUGCUGGUAGGUUCCAAUUUUAAAGUGAGUAUCUAGCAAAGUCAAAAACAGUAGACGCUCUCCAGGAAUGUAUGCACUCUCAGUUGUGAAAGAGAUGGCAAAGGUACACUCCUUAUUUUGUUUUCUCUUUUAAUUAUCAAGAUGUCAGGAAAAUGGAUUUCUAACAGUACCAGGUUAAAACUGUGGCAAUAAAUAGAAGUGGAAGGAGGGUUUUGUCUAGUAUUUUCUCCUCUUUCACAAGAGAUUUAUCGUGUGUGUAGGCUAAUGACUUUUUGAAGGCAUAAGCCACAUCCCUGGUUCAAGGCAGCUCCAGAUUGCGGAGAUGUUAGCUCCUUUUCCUAGUGCCUGAAAACAGGAGGUGACAUUGAAUGCCAUUUUCACCAUUCGCUUCUUGAAAAUUCACCACAUUUAGCAUCCUAUGGGUAUGCAAAUGUAGUGGAAGAUCAUAUAUGCUGCCUGAAAGAGUUCUGUUUAUGUAAAUCAUUGUGAAUACUUGAGCUUGUGCUCUUCUAGUUCAGAAGUAAAGUUAUGGGUGUUUUUCUCUAAUUUCCGACUGGUGUUAAAAUAGUCCAUAGUACUGUGUGGCCUAUACCAAAUACUAUUUGUUUUGGUUUUUUACAUAAACAGUUUUGAAAGCCUAAAACAAUUUUCACUUCUAUUCAGAUGCCUGUAGUGUUCACAUUUUACUAGUAUCUUGUCCCUUUUGGUCCCAGAUAAGAUGCAAGGAUGCAAUGAGGAAAUAAUAAUGUGGUGAUCCAGCUGCUUAGUAAUGCUUUACACUUGACCCAUAAGAGAUGCUGGCUUAUUCAAUAAAGGAUAAAAAAAGAGACAAAGAAAACACAUUCUGUUUUCAGAAAACACGUUCUGUUUUCAGCAUUCUCUAGAGUGCAAGGUGUCUAAGUUGACUCCAUAAGGAAAGCUUUAUUUUUUUUUUUAAUCAACAGAAUGACUUUAACAACUGUGUUGAAAUGAAGGUAGAGAUCAACUCUUGAUUUCUGGUGCAACUUCUCCAUCAUCUAACUGCCUUUAAAACAAUACAUCUUAAAAACGAGAAAAUAACAUGGUUCAUUUAAGUACUGUAGUUAAAAUGCCCCUCAGCUUCUGUGCCUUUUAAAACUUGAGGGUCAGAUCUUCAUGCAUCAGAGUACUAAGGGUACGAGAAUUAAAUUGCCUUUUAUAUAUAAACAUCUGGCCUGUCUAGGUGUGCAGUUAGUGAAGAUGUUCAGUUUUGUGUACAGCACUAGACAACCUGGGAAGUUCUCUCUGCAUGUCUUACCCUCACUGUUUCUUGCCUUACAAUACAGAGUGCCUUAUAAUUUAUAGACAGUGUUGUGUAUCUUGCAUGCAAUAAUGUUAAGUAGAUACAAUAAUAUCUAAAAUGUUGUUACUAGAAACACUGCUGUUUACAUCAAAAGGAAUAUGUAUUUCUCCCUCUGUUAACAAAGUUGAUAUUGCAGAUUAACUAUUUAUGCACUUGAUUCUGUAUGUGUAAUAGUAUACACCAUUAUCUCACUAGUUGUUAUACUGGUUCCACGCAUUAUGUUAUAUCUGACUCAGUUUCCUGUAGCAUAUAGCAUGACCUGUGCCAGCUAAAAGUGCCUUUUAACUCUUUUGUGUAUUUUUGUGCUUACAUUUAGCACUUUAACAUACAAAUGUGUGUUCCUAGAUCUCUGGCUAGUCACUGGGAUCACAUAUUUCAGAGUGUAGUGGAGUAUUUUAAUGCUGUUUGAAAACUUGAUUUCGGCAAUAUCAUUGACUAUUUUUCUCAGAUAAUUGAAUUGCCGUAGUACAUUUUAUCAGGGUAGUCCAGUUGUGUUUUCAUCUGGUCAAUGUUCCUCUUUUUUCUUGAAAAGGAAUGAGAAAUUCAUUAGAGAAAUUCUGUCUCAUCCUCUAGCUCUAUUUCUGCUGUUGCUUUUCUGCCAAAUCUUUUAGUUCAUGUUUCUUCUAACUAACUGAAGAGAAUGUAAUAUAAGUUCAGGCUUUUGCUCACAACUGCUCAAUUUUUGAAGGAAAGAUAUGAUGUUGUUAUGAACCUUAGUUUACAGUUGUUUCUUGAGAUUGAC